AUGACCAACAACCAAAACCAAGUGGAAUCCGCACAACAAGACUUGCCCUCUAUCCCAUCGCUCGCAGAGGUUCUUCCCUCGUUUAGACUUGACGGACACGUUACAGUCGUGACAGGUGGUUCCGGCGGUCUCGCUCACACGCUCACUCAGGCGUUACUAGCGCAGGGGUCGGAAGUGGCCCUGCUGGAUCUCAACGUGGAAAGACUCGAGUACACGGCACGUGAGCUACAGGAAUUCCUCAAGGCCAACAAGUUGCCCAAGACCACGAUCUCGACGUGGCCUUGCGACAUUGGUGACGCCGCGAUCGUCGAGGAGGUGGUGCGUGCCAUCCCGCUCAAGCACAACGGGCUGCUUCCCGACAAGCUUGUCCACACCGCCGGUUACUGCCAAAACGUGCCUGCUAUGGACUACGACGCGCGCCAGGCCGAGCUUCUGGUGCGCGUGAACCUGCUGGGUUCGCUGUACGUGUGCCAGUCCAUGUCGCGCCAGCUGCUGCACAAGUCGCAGAGACGUCGCUCGGUGGCGUCCGACUCCAGCGAAGCCGGUGAAGCUUAUCCACAGCUCACCAAUGUGUCCUACGUGCUCAUUGGCUCCAUGUCCGGUUGCAUCGUCAACAACCCACAGCCUCAGGUUGCGUACAACAUGGCCAAGGCCGGUGUUAUCCACAUGGUCAAGUCCUUGGCCUGUGAAUGGGCUCGCUACGGCAUCCGUGUCAACUCCAUUUCUCCAGGCUACAUCGCCACUGCGUUGACCAAGAAAGUCAUUUCUGGGUCACCAGAAGGUGCCGCUUUGCAACAGGAGUGGACCGGUAGAGUUCCAUUGGGACGCAUGGCCGACCCUCGCGAAUUCGUUGGCGCCAUGCUCUACUUGUUAAGUUCUUCGGCCUCCAGUUACACCACCGGUGAAAACAUGGUUGUCGAUGGUGGUUACACCUGCUGGUAA